AUGAGGUCGGUGAAAGCAACUCUCCCCAGCUUAAUAUGGCUAAGAGAAGAAAAAGAAGCCGUCUUGACAAGCUUGGGUGGCAGACCUGUAAAAAGAAUGGGUGUUUGGGGGUGGAUUAUUUGGGGUCUGGAACAAAUUUCGUUCGUGGUUUCUAGAGGAAGUACAGUCGAAACAGAGAGAGCGAGAAAGAGACCGAGAGAGAGAAAGAAACCGAGAGAGCAUUUUGCUGCGAGGGGAAAGAAGAUCUGUGUCGAAUCUGUCUGCAAGAUUCAGAUCGGUGGAGAGAAAGCGUUUUGUAUCGAAGGGUUUGGUGAGGUUGAUUAUAUCAGCAAAAUUUGGAUGGAGUGCGUGGUUCAGGGAAUCAUAGAAACACAGCAUGUUGAAGCCCUUGAGAUUCUUCUUCAGGGUCUUUGUGGUGUUCGCAGAGAACCUUUGAAGGUCCAUGAGAUAUGCCUUAAAAGUGGCCCAAACUUAGGAGCUGUACCUUCUGAGGUUCGACUUAUUUGCAAUCUUGAACAAACUGAACCUACAUGGACUGUGAGGUUCGUGGGGGGUGCGAUGAGAGGUGCAGGUGCUGAGCAACUCUCAGUUUUAGUAAGAACUGUGAUCGAAAGCAAAGCAAGCAAGAAUGUGCUUCGCUUAUUUUAUGCACUUGGCUACAAGUUGGAUCAUGAGUUACUGAGGGUUGGGUUUGCGUUCCAUUUCCAGAGAGGCACGCAGAUGACUGUGACUGUGUCAUCAGUUAAUAAGAUGCCACAACUACACAAUACAGAUGAAGCUGUCCCUGUAACUCCCGGGAUACAGUUGGUUGAAGUUACAGCCCCUGCAUCAUCUGAAACUUAUACUGAAGUUGCGUCGGCAGUGUCAUCAUUUUGCGAAUAUCUUGCACCCCUCCUGCAUUUGUCAAAACCGGGAAUUUCAACUGGGGUUGUUCCUACCGCUGCUGCCGCUGCUGCAUCUCUCAUGUCUGAUGGUGGGGGUACUACCUUAUAGCAGAAGUUGUAAAUUUCCUUCAAAUUCUGUAUUUACUGGUUUAACAAUAGUUGGUAAUCAUAACUGCUUGUCAAACUUCAUAACAGUAUAUUACAGUAGUUUCUCAUUGCUAAAACUUAAGAGGUGUGCUGGUGACAGUUACUCAUCACCUGCAAAGUCAAUAAUCAUAACUAUGUUUUUUAUA